AUGCCUGAGAUAACAGCAACCGUUCUUCUAUCCUUCUUAAUGACCGGAUUCACUUAUGUUUUAUUCACGUAUGUUUUCGUUCAUUUUCUCAUAGUAAACGGUGACAAUCAAAAGCGAAAAAACGUACAACAUAAUAACAAACAUCACAAAUCUAAAAACAAUCAAAAAUCUAUUUCUAAUGUCAGUAAUCAGAAAAGCAACAAUCAUCACCACCAAAAUAGUAACAAAAAAUUGAUCAUGAAUAACAAAAAAUUGUUCUAUACACCAGUUUCUUCCGUCACGAACAACACAAUUACCAGAAGCAAUAAUAAUAAUGUUUCUGUUGUUUUCUCAACUUUGCCUAAAGGCACAAAACCCCUGCCAGGGCCAACUCCCAUACCAGUCAUUGGAAAUUUACAUCAAUUAUCUGAUCCAUUGCACAUGACUUUUAACCAAAUGGCUCUUAAGUUUGGCCCAAUAUUCAAAAUCAAUUUAGGUAAUAAUAAAGUAUUGGUCGUAUUAAAUGAUUACAAAGUAGCAAAUGAGUUACUCGAUCAAAAUGAAAUUUACCAGCCGUGUGACUCGAUUCUCGGCGUUAAAUCUAUUUCACCAUCCAUGCGAACAAUCGCGCAACAAGCUCUUUCACCUAAAAUUAUCGAGUCUAAUUACUUGCCAAUUAUUUGUAAAGAAUCGAUUAAUUUGGCUAGGCAUUUUUAUAAAAAUGCCGGAAUUUUAAUCAAUCCAGUCGAUGAAUUAACACGAUCAAUCUCGAAAACCUUUUCUUUGAUUACCUUUGGUCACUCUGCUGAGAAGUUCUCAUUGGACUUUAUGGAAUUCUUGGAAUCUGCAAACGCACUCGAGCAAAAAGAAAUCCAAAUCGAGUCAUUGCAAUUCCUUCGUAAAAUUUCUUCGACACAACAAACACUCGAAAACAAAGUUCAUCUUUCCAAGUCAAAAUACGCAGAAAUCUCAAAACAGUUGGUUGACAACCUGAAGAAGCAAGCUACUGCAACAAAUGUAACAAGUGAUAAAUGCUUCACUGCAGAGAUUUUGAAAUCGAUGAAACCAAAAAAUGAAAAAGAAUUUAUUAAUUUGAGCAGUAAUCUAUUGUUUGAUGGAAUUGAGAACACAUUGGCAGAGCUGAAAUGGGUUUUCGUAUUGCUGUCGUAUGCGCCUCAAGUACAACAUAAAAUUAUGCAAGAGCUAUCAAGGGUUGUUGAAAAAGGUAAAUUCCCAAAUGUCAAAGAUUAUGCAAAUUUGCAUUAUUUGAGGGCAACUGUCAAGGAAAUUAUGAGAUUCAGACCCGUAGGUUUCUUUUCACAGCCACAUAUUGUCACCAAAAAUGACGUUUAUCAAGGAUAUCAUAUCCCACAAAAUGCUAAUGUAAUAUUCAAUACAAACACGCUGCACUUUAACCAAGCCUUAUUUGAACGAGCAAAACGUUUCUCGCCAGAACGAUACCUCGACGAACAAGGUCGCUUGAAACAAAAUCCUAAAUCGGCCGAAAUCUGGAUGUUUGGUAAAGGACCAAAUGCAAGCAUCAGUGAAUACCUUACAGAAAUCACAUUAUCAGCCAUCGUUGCCCACACCCUCUCAUUAUUUAUCAUCACACCUGAAAUCGAUGAGACGACAGGUGACGAAAAAGAAAUAAAUAUGGAGGGCGUGUCGAAUGGGUUCAAAUUGAAUACGCCGCCGAAUUAUAGUGUUAUAUUUGAAUUGAGAAAAGAUGUUGAUCAUGAAAAGGUUUUCAAGGAAAAUUAUUAA